AAACAAUAAUCAAAUUUAACAGAUCUUUCUUAAACAUGAGUACUGAAAAACAAUCUGCCACUAUUAUUUCUUUUAAACUGAAAGUUGUACAUCAUACCAGUUCCUCCUUAAAGACCGUGCUGCUCCACUGGUAGAAUGUAGAGAAGUGUUCAUUCUGCUUUUGAAUGCUGUGGCCAUCUGCCUCUGUCUGCUGGAGCUGCACCAGCAGGACCUCAGGUAAGAGUAGAAACAGCAGAGAAUAGAAAAGAAUACAGCAGAACAGAAACACAGAACAAAAUAACUAUUUUGUUGGCAGCAAUUUCAUCUGCUCUUUAAACAUGACUGUGUGUGUGUGUGUUGUGAAGUGUUACCCUGUGUUCUCCCCAUCAUGCAACUGACUGUGCAUCCAUCCCUGACAGGAGUCUGGUCUGAAAGUGAAUCACCCAGCUUCCUUUGCAGUGGGUUUGAAUGGAGCACAGGGAAAGAUGGAGGCCAAAGUCCACAGCCCUUCUGGUGCUCUGGAGGAGUGUGUUGUCACCGAGCUGGAGAAAGACAAAUACGCAAUCAGGUUCAUCCCCAGGGAGAAUGGCAUCCACACCAUUGAUGUCAAGUUCAAUGGCUCUCACAUCCCAGGAAGUCCUUUCCAGGUGCGAGUAGGGGAACCAGGACAGACUGGGGACCCUGGUCUAGUCUCAGCAUAUGGAGCUGGCCUGGAGAGAGGCACAACAGCGUGUGAGGUUUUACGGGGUGGGGUUGCUGGCCCCACACCCAACCCUCCUCCUUUCUCACCCGGGCUUGAGACCGGCCAUGGCGGAGUUCUUAGUAACUACAGAAAUUACCUACAGGAGUACUAG